CUGUAUAAAUACCAGCGCAAGAACAUUCUUCGCUUAUACAGUGAGCCGGAUGAUGAGUAUUUUCUUACAAGACUGUUUCUGUGAACUCUCGAGACGUCAUUUGAAUUCUUAUUAAUCCAGUUGUAAUAUUAUUUGUUAUUUUAACUUUCAGUGGAUUAUGUUCAACUGUAUCUUUGUUUUAAAAUAGAAUUAUCUGUUCCUCCAGUGCCGUUUUCUUAUUUUUCAACAUACAGUUUUGGAUAUUUUUUUUAUUCACUAUUAAAAUGGUAUCCACAAUUGUUUGUUAUAUGUUUUUCUUAGUAAAUCUUAUGUCUCAGUUAGCUCUGGGUGAGCUAAACGAGGAAGAGGAGACCGUGCCAGUAAACCUUGCAUUCAGAAAAGGUGUUUUUUGGAGGAAUGAAGACAGACAGCGCUUUAAGAUCAAUGCAUUUGGUCAACUUUUCCUGCUUGACCUGACGCGGGAUAGCAAAUUCGUGUCUCCAUCAUUAAACGUCCAGCGCGUAAAUGCAAAAAACCUCCCAGCCGUUCCGGACGCGUCCAGGAGCGGAGAUGUUUUCAGGGAUGUCACCCAGUAUGGAGACGGCGGUGCAGACCUCAGAGACUGUUUCUACAAAGGAACGGUCAACUCUGAAAAGGAAUCGGUAGUCGCUGUCAGUUUAUGUCACGGCAUCCAGGGUACCUUCAUAGCGCAAGGCGACGAGUACUUUAUUCAGCCUAAAGCAAGUGCCAAGACCACCGGGAAGUCUUUCCCGCAGGUGCACGUCGUCAAAAGGCGAGCCUUUUCCAGCAACCUCAGAGCGUCAAAUGUGGUCUUUGAUGAAGAGAAAUUUGACAGUUUUGUGAAAAAGAGCAACCUGAACUCUAGCGAAGAUGAAGACGGCAAAGUGAAACGCGCAAAAAGAUUCGUGUCAGCUGCGAGAUUCAUCGAAACCCUGGUGGUUGCAGACGCUUCUAUGACACGUUUCUAUGGAGACGAGAUAAAGCACUACCUCCUGACAGUGAUGUCCAUGGCAGCACAGAUCUAUGCGCAUCCUAGCCUGAAAAAUGCCGUUAGUCUGGUGGUAGUGAAGAUGGUGGUUGUGGAGGAUGAGGAGGUGGGACCUGAGCUUUCAAGCAACGGUGGUGUUGCCCUGCGCAACUUCUGCAAGUGGCAACAACUUUUCAACCCAGGCAGCCAGAGGCAUCCUGAACACUAUGACACUGCCAUCUUGUUCACUAGAGAGGAUAUUUGUGGAUAUAAGGAUUGUGACACUCUGGGUGUAGCUGAUAUUGGCACUAUGUGUGACCCCAAAAGAAGCUGCUCGGUUAUAGAGGACAACGGCCUUCAGGCAGCGUUCACUGUGUCACAUGAACUUGGCCAUGUACUCAGCAUGCCACAUGAUGAUUCGAAAAACUGUGAAAAGUUGUUCGGGGAUCUCAAUGGACAUCAUAUGAUGGCUCCUUACUUCGUCCACCUCAACAAAACUCUUCCCUGGUCGCCAUGUAGUGCGCUCUACAUCACAGAUUUCUUCGACAAUGGCCACGGUGACUGUUUGCUUGAUCCACCUGAGAAGAGCAUCCCUUUACCCACCGAGCUCCCCGGGCAUACGUUUGGUCUGGACCGCCAGUGCCAGCAGGCGUUCGGGGAUGAAUAUACCUACUGUCCCAAUGCUCCUGAAGAUCAGGCAUGUGCACAGCUGUGGUGUCGAGAGGAAGGAAAGAUACAGUGCACGACCCGGAACGGAAGUCUCCCCUGGGCCGACGGCACUCCGUGCGGGGAGGACAGGAGAUGUCGUGAGGGCUUGUGCGUGUCGAGCGCGCUCGAGGAGGCGGGAGAAGAGAAGGUGCCAGUCAAUGGUGGAUGGGGAGAGUGGGGCCCUUGGGGGCCGUGCUCACGGACAUGUGGUGGGGGUGUGGAGUUUUCUCAUCGUGAGUGCACUGCUCCAGUGCCACAGAAUGGGGGAUCGUACUGUGUGGGACAGAGGGUCAAAUACCAGUCCUGCAAUACUCAGACAUGCCCAGAGGACCAUGGAAAAAGCUUCAGAGAGGAGCAGUGUGAAAAGUAUAACAGUGACCGUUACUUGGACAUUCAUGGAAACAUGAAGCAGUGGAUCCCCAAAUAUUCCGGCGUCUCUCCACGAGACCGCUGCAAACUCGUCUGCCGAGCCAAAGGGAGCAAUGAAUUCAAAGUUUUUGAAGCCAAGGUUGUGGAUGGCACCACCUGCGGGCCAGACACCACAUCUAUCUGUGUUCAGGGCCAGUGCAUCAAAGCCGGUUGUGACCAGGUGAUAGGCUCCAAUGAAAAGCUGGAUAAAUGCGGUAUCUGCGGAGGUGAUGGUACAACCUGCAGGAAAAUAAGCGGCUCACUAAACAAAGCUACUAUCGGCUACAUUGAUAUUGUUACCAUCCCUGCUGGGGCGACUAAUAUUGACGUAAAGCAACGCAGCCAUAGAGCCAUCGCACACGAUGGUAACUACUUGGCGGUCAAGGCGGAUGACGGAACCUACAUCCUGAAUGGAAAUUUCUCAGUGUCUAUGGCAGAGCAGGAUAUCCCAGUGCCUGGCGCCAUGCUUCGCUACAGUGGCUCCUCCACCACCUUGGAGCGACUCCUCAGCUUUCACACACUUCAGGAGUCCAUCACCAUCCAGCUGCUGUCUACCGCUGGUGAUAUCUCACCCCCUAGAAUCAAGUAUACUUUCUUUUUGCCAAAGGAUGUGCCUUUUAACAAGCCUGGCACAGAGAGCAGGAUUUCGCCACAUAUCAUCUUGCCUUUUGGGGGAGCUGACUGGGUUCUGGGUGAGUGGUCUGAGUGCUCCAAGAGCUGCGGCGCUGGAUGGUCCAGGAGAAGCGUGGAGUGUAGAGAUGGGGAGGGAUCCUCAUCUUACCUCUGUGAUGCCGAUCUGCGACCGGCAGAUAUCCGGCCCUGUGGGGAUCUGCCCUGUCCCAUGUGGCAAAUGGGGCCGUGGUCAGCAUGCUCACGGACUUGCGGAGUGGGACAGUGCCACCGCACCGUAGUCUGCAUGGACUACGCAGGCAAGGUUCUAGGGCAUGAGAAGUGCAACCCAGACAAGAGGCCAGAGGUAGUUGUAGGGGAAUGUUUUUACCAGGACUGCUAAAGCUGACACUGUGUGCAGUAGUAGAGAAUGAGGAGGUGGUGGGAUCUGUAGUGACUGAGAAAAAGCUUCAGAAACAAGCAAAGAAGCUCUUGGGCAUAGAGCAUUAGAUGGGAGAUCACUUAUUAAGCAUAACCAGGACAUUUGAUAUAAAUUAUAUCUAUAUCAUGGUUUAAUCUAAUUCUUUGUCUUUUAACCACAAAGGUAACCUCCCACGGAGAUCUACCUCAGUCAAUACAAGCUUCAUAAUGUUCACAGUCGUUUAGAGAGGAGUCCGUUGGAAAACAUUUGCACGAACCUGCUGAAAUUCUGUUCAAACGUCCGUCAGAUACCUCCAAAAUGCAGUGCAGUUUACUCCACAUCUGAGUCCAAAUUAAGGCACCUAAAGGUGGUCACAUAAAUUAUUCAAGUUAAUUUCUAGAAUUGUCCACAACGGACUGCAUUUUAGUAUCUUUAUACAUGCUAGAUUAAUUAAUUUUACACAUUUAUUUUAACUGCCAGCUUAAGUUUUGUAGCAUUGAGUCUGUUUCGUAUUAAUAUCUACUACUUUUAUUACUGGUAUCACCCUUAAAGGCUUUCAGAGUUUUCAUAUUACAACACUGGAGGAAACAGUAUUUGGAAAUACGGUCCUUUACUGGUCACAGAAUAGCUGUAUGUGAACAACAUACACAGAUAAGAGCUAUUGGAAGAGAUACAAAUAUGCUAAUUUUACUUUUAAAAUCUUGCCUGGUUAUGACUGUUGAAUUGGAUGAAUGAUUUUAGCUUGUAAUGAAGAAUCAAAGUGGAAUUGCCUUCUCUCACACACUGUUGGUCUUUCUGUACAUAUAUACAGCCAAUAGGCAACAAGCUAUACAAGUCUGAGAGCAACAGUGUAAAGGCUGCAAAGUGUGCCUUAAAUUAAGUACUUUUUUAUUGGCAUCCACUGGUGCCCAUUGCUUAAAAGGGAUCAUUUAAUAUAACCGAUACUGGCACAUGUGAGUUUACAGGAGAAAAUAAUUUAUUGCUAAAUGUUCAUUUAGAAGUGGAUAAUUACUGUAUGUUAUUGGACACACAUGUGCCCUCAAGAUAAUUGCAUUGAUUGCUAAGAAACAAAAAAAAGAAAAUGCAUUUCCUGUGAAAGACACAUUGAGAUUGCAUGCAUCCUUGCAAUCUGUAUUCUGUUAAUUUGUCCUGACUCUUCCAAGCUUUAGUUGACACUGUAUAAAUGCAUUUAAAAAAUGUAUCACCCACCAUUAUAGAAGUAGAAAGAAAAAAUAAUCUGAAUGUUGUUAAUAAAUAUAAUUGUAUUUAAUAAAACAGCUAUAGGUAAACAGUUUGUUUAAAAACAUCAGUUCUGAGCAGACAUGGCUGAUAUUUCUGAAAUUUUCCCUUUAGCCAGAAGAGCACUGAUAUUUGUUCCAAGAGCCGUUUCACAUAUGCCAAAAUUAAAUUUAAUUUGAUACUUGCAAAUUUACUAAGCCUGAACCUGUAAAAAUUGAAAAUAUGAGAGAAAAGAUUUGCAUUCCAUUUGAGUCAAAAGUAUGCAAGUUUUGAAAUGGUGCAUAUUUGAAACUAAAGCAUUCUAUCCCUUCAGUGAAGGUCUGCACAAUGCUAUUGUUAUAGCUUCCUUUUACAAGCUAUUUAUUUUUUUCUACCUUCAACACCUAAUGUUUUUUUUUUUUUCUUGAUGCUGCUGUCUGUCUUAUACAUGAUUGAUGUAUGAAUUUAAAUCAAUUAAA